UAAUAUGCAAUCAACCGACCUUCAAGACUUAUUAAUGUGUGAACCAUAUUUCGAGGACUUCACUACUACGAACGCGCUGGGGAGUAAUGAUUCCUCGAGCGUACAACUUCCAUCGGCAACUUUAUCAGAAUUUGAAGCUCAAAUUCAAGCAAU